AUGGCCUAUGUGCAGCCUAACCAAUUGAUCGUGAACCCUGGCGGAGCCGGGUCUCACCAACAAUACUCUCGGUAUUCACUUCCUGCCCCUCACCCCUCGACCCUCUAUGCCCCGAUGCCACUGCAUUGGUUCCUCGCGGAUGGUAGGAGAGCGGAGCGUGUCCCACGCCCACAGGGUAUCACUCCCUCUCAGGAAAGCUUCCCUGGCGUCACGUUUAGCACUAGUAACUGGCCUGGCGUGCGCGUGAAGGAUCUUCUGAAGCAGAAAGUUGUCGUUGACAGUCCGACUGACACAGUAUUCGCUCAUCAUGGCUGGCGAAAUACUACUCUCGCACUAGAGUGGCCCGGAUACCUGCCCUGCAGUUUUUCGGAUGCAUCUCGUUAUCGCUUUGAGACACUGAGUGGUGGUAGACCGACAACUCGUCAAGAGUUCGCCCAACAGAUUGCUUAUCUGAUUGCAGAUGUUUACAACCGCGCAAAGGGAAAGCCCGUCGCACGUGGUUGGGAAAAGUGGACCUUCAGCGAAAACGGUGUUCGUCCGUCAGAUGUGAUUAUCCUGUCGGCCCAUUAUUACAGGAAUGUUUGGAUCCCUGAGCUCUACGUCAUCGAAUGAUGGUCUGUUGCUCUCAGGAAGCCUCCUUCCCAGGCCAUCACUGCCCUAUCACCCACAAUAUUCAAGUUCUUAAGUCAUCGGUAUCCGCUAACACACCUCCAAUUCUCCUGCCUUACAAUUAUUAUUAUUAUUAUUGAUAUCAUCAUC